GCAUUUGACAGUUCAUCUGUGACAGAUCGGCGCGGUACAGAUUUGAGCUUCUGUCAAGUCAUAAAAGUAUUGAAUAUUGGAAGACAUUAGUUUCCUGAAGCACUUUUUUAAUUCAUUAGCCAGUAUUAUUUACGUGAAUUUUCUUCAUAAAUAGAAAAUCGAGAAUGCCUCACAUAAUUUAUUUCUUUGUUUCACUAUGGUGUACAGUGAUUGCAAAAGAAUUGAUUUUGAAGAGUGCUAUGAUUGAACCGUACGGAAAUGGUUCUGAAUACCCUCCAUUCAAAGGCUGUCGGAAAAGAACACAAGUUCCUGAAACUAGCUCACUGCCAGAAUAUAAAGUUGAUCUAAUGAAAGAUCCAAUACACCGUUGGGAUGAAGUUAUUAAGGACAAAAAAUUUGCUAUGUUGCAGCUUUUACAAGGAAUCCGCAAUAAUACUGAUCAAUUAUUUGGCACCUCAGUAUUUCAUUUAGUAGAUCAAUACCUACCUCUUCUCACAGACACUUUACCAGAACCGUAUAAACAAGAGCUGCAAGGGGUGUCACAAAGUGCUAAUAUGUCUUUGGGAGACAUCACCCUGUUCAAUGUUUUUUAUGAGUUCUUUAGUUUAUGUACUUCCAUAUUGGCACAAGAUGAGAAUAAAAAUAUUCAUCAUGCUCGAAAUUUGGAUUUUGGUCUCUUUUUAGGCUGGGAUCCUGCUACAAAAAACUGGCUUACAACAGAACACCUUAAGCCUUUAGUAAUCAAAGUGGUUUUUGUAAAAGGCAAGACAAAAAUAUUUGAAGCAAUUAACUUUGCAGGGUAUAUUGGAAUUCUGACUGGAGUGAAGAAGGGUGCAUUUAGUUUGUCAGUAGAUGAACGAUUUCGACUGAAUGGUGGCUACAUUGGUUUGGCUGAAUGGAUUUUGGGACACCAUUCUCAACAAUGGAUGGGUCUCUUAACCAGACAAGUUAUGGAGCAAGCUGACUCGUACCUGCAAGCACAAAAAAUGUUGGCAAAACCACCAUUGGUAGCACCUGUGUAUUUUAUAUUAGGAAGUAGCCAGCCAGGAGAGGGUUGUAUUAUCACAAGAGAUCGAAAUAAAUUUGAUAUUUUAACACUUUCCCAAACUGGCUCGUGGUUUUUGGUCCAAACUAACUAUGAUCACUGGGAGCAGCCUCCUUUCUACGAUAAUCGACGCAUGCCUGCCCAAACAUGUCUGAAAUACUAUGGCCAAAAACAACUUGCUUCUGGUUUAUACAAUGUCCUCUCUACACGGCCGGUUCUCAAUAAGUUGACAAUCUACACUGCUCUCUUGGAUAUAAAGACUGGCUCAAUUAAGUCCUGGUUACGUUUCUGUAAUAACCCAUGUUGGCCUUGGUAGUUUCAUCAAUCGCCCAAGAAUAUUAGGCAUGGAGCAAAGAUUGCGAAGACAACAUGCAACACUGUGAUUUAUGACCCUGAUAAAUUUGAUGUCAGGUCACCUUUUACUGAGGUUACCGAUACUCAUAAAAUGAAUGUAUUGUACCCAAGAUCUUUGAAUAGUAUUUUCUACUUUGUUCAGAGCUUUGUAUAUUUAGAAUUGAAAGUUCUCCCUCUGAUGUUCCCCAUAAAACUAUUCACAACUCCUCUUCAGUUUCCCGAGAAACAAAUGAAUAAGAUAAGUAGACAGAACACAAGAAAAAAAAUGAAUGAAGACUGGUUAGCAUGGUAUUAAUCGGAUUGCUUAGCAGCCUGAGUUGUAAAUUCCCUUUGAAUUCAACAUACCUUAACUUGUAGAUUCUACCACCUCUAGAAUUUCAGGGAAAGUAAGGGUAUUAUUUUGAUGUUUGAAUAGAGAUUAGAAGCCCAUUUACCGAAGAAACAGUAAGACUGAAGACUAAAUGGACAAUUCCAAAUAACAUUUGGUAUUAUAUGAAUGUUACCACAUUAUACAGUUAUAAUUUUUAUCUAAUAAUGCAGAUUAGGUUAUAUAAAAUAUUAUACUUAUAACAUUACAGUGUCUUUAUUUGGCAAUAUUUCUCACUUCACUCCUGAACAUAAGUGUGCGCAGCCUAAACGGAGGGGAUUAAAUUUCUGAGCACCUCUGGAGCCCCUUUUACAUUUUUUUAGGAAAUAAAUAAAACAUUUAAGGAG